GAAAUAUCUUCAAUAUAAUAUAUGCUUCGAUGAGUCCCACCGGUCAGAACGAAUAUGACUAUCGCAGGCGAAAGUUAACGUAUCAGAACUCAACAAACGCGCGUAUCUCCUGGCUUACACGGAAGUGAAUUUUGAUUGCACUGAUUGAAUUCCACAAAAAGGAAGGCUCGUGAUAUCAAUUAAACUAUCAAAAUGAAACCAAUGUGGCAAUUGGUCUGUUUGGCCGUUCUCGCCACAGUGCUGUCUGACAGUGUACAAUCCGCGAAAAUUCUCGGAGUUUUCCCAACAUCCUCCAGAUCCCAUUACAUCGUGGGAUCCGCGCUGAUGAAGGCAUUGGCGAAGAAGGGACACCAGGUGACCGUUAUAAGUCCGUUCCCGCAGAAGAAGCCACUUGAAAAUUAUCGCGAUAUUACGACAAUUGAAGUAUUGGAAGCUGUGAAACCUACCCUUGACAACAUUUUGAGCUUUGUACAAAAAGGAAUAUACGAAAGCAUUAAAGAAACAUACAAGUUCGGACAUCUAAUAACCAAUUCCACGAUGAAUGAUCCCGCUGUGGUGAAAUUGAUCGACUCAAACGAGAAGUUCGAUUUAGUUGUGCUGGAGAUGUUUAUGAAUGAUGCAAUGUUGGGAUUUGCUCAUCACUUCAAAACACCAUGUGUCGCUAUGUCCACAUUCGGUGCGUCCAAGUGGACUUCCGAUUUAGUGGGAAACCCUUCGCCUCCUUCGUAUGUUCCGAAUCCUUUUCUCAGCUUCACAGAUCAUAUGAGUUUCGGCGAACGCCUGGUAAACACAUUGAUGAGCGCAAUGGAUAAUUUGAUCGUAAGCAUUAUGGAUGACCCGGUACAAGUGGAAAUCUAUCAAAAAUCAUUCCCCGAUCCGAAGCCCGCGUUACAUGAGCUGAAGAAAAACGCCGUUUCGGUGGUACUCUUGAAUAACCAUUUCUCCAUCAGCUACCCAAGGCCAUAUGUCACCGGUAUGAUCGAAGUCGGUGGAAUGCAUGUGAACCGCGUUCCCAACCCCCUGCCUGCCAAUAUCAAAGCCUUUAUGGACAAUGCUACGGACGGAGUGAUCUAUUUUUCAAUGGGUUCGAACAUCAAGAGUAAAGAUUUGCCGAUAGAAAAACGGGACGCAAUUUUACAAGUAUUUUUGAAAUUGAAGCAAAAAGUUCUGUGGAAAUGGGAGGACGAAAACCUCCCGUCCAAACCAGCGAACGUACUUAUUCAAAGCUGGUGGCCCCAAGAUGACAUCCUUGCUCAUCCCAACGUGCGUCUAUUCAUCACACACGGCGGUCUAUUAAGUACGAUCGAGUCACUCUACCACGGGGUACCAGUCAUCGGUAUUCCAGUGUUCGGCGAUCAACAUCUCAACAUGGCCAAGGCAGAACGAGGGGGUUAUGGGCUAGCGGUAGGCUAUAAGGAAAUCGGCGAAGAGCGUCUCUCACUUGCAAUCAAUACGGUGCUCAAUGAUCCAAAGUUCACGGAGAACGCGAAAACCAUCUCGAAGCGGUACCGCGAUCAGCCACAGACGCCCCUUGAACUGGCCGUUUUCUGGGUUGAAUAUGUCAUUCGACACAACGGCGCGCCACACAUUCGAACGGCGUCAAUGGAUCUCAGCUUCAUGCAAUAUCACAACCUGGACGUUUUAGGUGUUCUGCUAGGUGUGCCGAUUCUUGUCAUAUAUUUACUAAGUCGAUUGAUCGCUCGGGUGAAGCCAUCCAAGUCUGACAAGAUGAACGACCGGAAGAAGCGCAACUAGUCGAGAGCGGUAAUUGUCAAACAACAGCAACGUGUUCAAAGUUCUAAUAUAUAAGCACGUGCCCCUAUCACGAUGAUAUUUACUUUAUAAUCUGAAGGUAAAUAUUAGUUAAGAAAUGAAUGAAGCUAAAUAAAUGUGACUUUCGCUUCGCUCGUA